AACAUAUAAUAACAAAAGAAGAAAUUCAAAAAAUUAAACAAUAUUAUGCAACUGAAUUUAAUUUACUAUUAAAAGAUAUAGAGAUUAAUACUACUAAAAUUUACAAAUACAGCAAAUUAAAAACAAAAUCUGAAUCAAUUAUUAGUUCAUUAUUUUCUAAUAAUGAUGAAGACAUAAAAAGAAACAAUUAUUCAAUUGCAGCAAAAUUUCUUGUUAAUAAAAAUGCACAUCAUCCAAAAGCACCUGUUGUUUUUGAAGAACAAGAUUUUUAUGUUCAAAUUUUAUAUUAUUUUACUCAUAAAUAUGAAAAUAAAACAAAUUUAUUAGCUUAUAUACAUUGC